GACAUACUCUUUGUUAGGGAUAAUGUCGUACCUGAAAGUAAUGAUCAUAUGGAACAUACUUUGUGUAUCCCUGGUAAUCCUUUCACUGUCUGUGAUUCAAGAAGCGUCUUCUCAAGAUUUAUCAAGCUGUACAGGGAGAUGUGGGGAAGGGUAUUCUAGAGAGCAUGACUGCCACUGUGAUUUUAGCUGUCAACACUACAUGGAGUGCUGCCCUGACUUCAACAAAGUCUGCACAGUGGCAGUCUCCUGCAAAGGACGUUGCUUUGAAGCCUUUGAAAGAGGAAGAGAGUGUGACUGUGAUGCAGACUGUGAAAGAUAUGGCAAAUGUUGCCCAGACUACGCAGCACACUGUAAAGAGGCACACACAGAAAAGCCAACACCUAAGACUCCUCCACCAAACAAAUCAACAUCUAAAAGGUCAUCCACAAAUGAGGAAAAGGAGCCAGAGGAAGUAACACAGCCCCAUGAAGUUAUGGAAGAUUCUCCCACCACACCCAAACCUGAAGACACAACCCCUGAAGCCACAGAGGCACCAACGACCAAGACUGACUCUACUACCACACCAAAAGCUGAAGAGACAACCCCUGAUGCCACAGAGGAACCAAUAACUGAGGCAGAUUCUCCCACUGACCCCCUAGAAGCUGAAGAGAACACUGCUGUGACGACAGACGCACCAAUAACGGAUGACUCUCCCACCACCCCCAAACCUGAAGACACAACAGCACCAGAGGCCACAGAAGCACCACCGACCGAAACAGAUUCUCCCACCCCCCCCAAACCUGAAGAGACAACGCCAGAGGCACCAACGACUGAAGCAGACUCUCCCACCACCCCCAAGCCUGAAGAAACAACACCAGAGGCCACAGAGGCACCACCGACUGAAGCUGACUCUCCCACCACUCCCAAACCUGAAGAGACAACGCCAGAGGCACCAACGACUGAAGCAGACUCUCCCACCACCCCCAAGCCUGAAGAAACAACACCAGAGGCCACAGAGGCACCACCGACUGAAGCUGACUCUCCCACCACUCCCAAACCUGAAGAGACAACGCCAGAGGCACCAACGACUGAAGCAGACUCUCCCACCACCCCCAAGCCUGAAGAAACAACACCAGAGGCCACAGAGGCACCACCGACUGAAGCUGACUCUCCCACCACUCCCAAACCUGAAGAGACAACGCCAGAGGCACCAACGACUGAAGCAGACUCUCCCACCACCCCCAAGCCUGAAGAAACAACACCAGAGGCCACAGAGGCACCACCGACUGAAGCUGACUCUCCCACCACUCCCAAACCUGAAGAGACAACGCCAGAGGCACCAACGACUGAAGCAGACUCUCCCACCACCCCCAAGCCUGAAGAAACAACACCAGAGGCCACAGAGGCACCACCGACUGAAGCUGACUCUCCCACCACUCCCAAACCUGAAGAGACAACGCCAGAGGCACCAACGACUGAAGCAGACUCUCCCACCACCCCCAAGCCUGAAGAAACAACACCAGAGGCCACAGAGGCACCACCGACUGAAGCUGACUCUCCCACCACUCCCAAACCUGAAGAGACAACGCCAGAGGCACCAACGACUGAAGCAGACUCUCCCACCACCCCCAAGCCUGAAGAAACAACACCAGAGGCCACAGAGGCACCACCGACUGAAGCUGACUCUCCCACCACUCCCAAACCUGAAGAGACAACGCCAGAGGCACCAACGACUGAAGCAGACUCUCCCACCACCCCCAAGCCUGAAGAAACAACACCAGAGGCCACAGAGGCACCACCGACUGAAGCUGACUCUCCCACCACUCCCAAACCUGAAGAGACAACGCCAGAGGCACCAACGACUGAAGCAGACUCUCCCACCACCCCCAAGCCUGAAGAAACAACACCAGAGGCCACAGAGGCACCACCGACUGAAGCUGACUCUCCCACCACUCCCAAACCUGAAGAGACAACGCCAGAGGCACCAACGACUGAAGCAGACUCUCCCACCACCCCCAAGCCUGAAGAAACAACACCAGAGGCCACAGAGGCACCACCGACUGAAGCUGACUCUCCCACCACUCCCAAACCUGAAGAGACAACGCCAGAGGCACCAACGACUGAAGCAGACUCUCCCACCACCCCCAAGCCUGAAGAAACAACACCAGAGGCCACAGAGGCACCACCGACUGAAGCUGACUCUCCCACCACUCCCAAACCUGAAGAGACAACGCCAGAGGCACCAACGACUGAAGCAGACUCUCCCACCACCCCCAAGCCUGAAGAAACAACACCAGAGGCCACAGAGGCACCACCGACUGAAGCUGACUCUCCCACCACUCCCAAACCUGAAGAGACAACGCCAGAGGCACCAACGACUGAAGCAGACUCUCCCACCACCCCCAAGCCUGAAGAAACAACACCAGAGGCCACAGAGGCACCACCGACUGAAGCUGACUCUCCCACCACUCCCAAACCUGAAGAGACAACGCCAGAGGCACCAACGACUGAAGCAGACUCUCCCACCACCCCCAAGCCUGAAGAAACAACACCAGAGGCCACAGAGGCACCACCGACUGAAGCUGACUCUCCCACCACUCCCAAACCUGAAGAGACAACGCCAGAGGCACCAACGACUGAAGCAGACUCUCCCACCACCCCCAAGCCUGAAGAAACAACACCAGAGGCCACAGAGGCACCACCGACUGAAGCUGACUCUCCCACCACUCCCAAACCUGAAGAGACAACGCCAGAGGCACCAACGACUGAAGCAGACUCUCCCACCACCCCCAAGCCUGAAGAAACAACACCAGAGGCCACAGAGGCACCACCGACUGAAGCUGACUCUCCCACCACUCCCAAACCUGAAGAGACAACGCCAGAGGCACCAACGACUGAAGCAGACUCUCCCACCACCCCCAAGCCUGAAGAAACAACACCAGAGGCCACAGAGGCACCACCGACUGAAGCUGACUCUCCCACCACUCCCAAACCUGAAGAGACAACGCCAGAGGCACCAACGACUGAAGCAGACUCUCCCACCACCCCCAAGCCUGAAGAAACAACACCAGAGGCCACAGAGGCACCACCGACUGAAGCUGACUCUCCCACCACUCCCAAACCUGAAGAGACAACGCCAGAGGCACCAACGACUGAAGCAGACUCUCCCACCACCCCCAAGCCUGAAGAAACAACACCAGAGGCCACAGAGGCACCACCGACUGAAGCUGACUCUCCCACCACCCCCAAACCUGAAGACACAACCCCUGAGGCAACAGAAGCACCAACCACUGAAAAGAAAACUACAACUUCUGCACCCGAUGUAUCAACCAGCACAACUGCAAAAGAGACAACUACAGCAGUGGAAAGGACAGCAGUAACCACAGCCAGUACUACUGAGACUGUAGCCACAACUGAGAAAGACAAAACAACAGCUAAAACUGUUACUACUCCUGUAACUGAAGAGUCGACAACUACAAUAGAGACAACCACGGUGAACAAAGAGAUAACAACACCCAAGAAAGACAAAACUACUGUGCUUAAAGACAUUUUUACAAGCAGAAAAGACACAACUACUGUAACUACAGUGAUAACAGCCAAGCCAGCUGUCACUACAGCAGCUGAAUCAGAAGCAACUACUGUGGACAAAAAGACUGCAACAACAGCUGCAGAAAAAGAAGUAACCCCAGCUGAAGAAGACAAGGCUACCCUACCAAAAGAGACCUUAACAGCUGAAAAAGAUGAAAGCCCUGUGGGAGAAGCAACGGUAACAACUGCAGCUGCAGCAGCUACAACUCCCAUGCCCAAGCCCACUGUGUUGACAGCAACCGAUAAAACAGAUUCAACUCCUAAACCCAGGGAGGCUUGUGGUGCUGUAGAGACAAUAACAGGUGAUGAAAAAGAAGUAACGACCAUCAAAGAAACUAGCCUCAUACCUGAAAAAGAAAUGGAAGAUGCGACUGAAAAGGCCCCUAAUAUUGACAAGGGAGAGGAAACUACAGUUACCAAAGAAACCACUACAAGAGAGAAAAAAGACACAAUAGAAGAAAUGUUUAUUGUUUCUAAAGGGACAGCCAAGCCAACUAUACAUUUCCAGGAAGUUACUGACACGAGAGAUGAGCCUCGUCCAUCUGACCCUGAAACUCUGCCAGUAAAAGAAGAGCCUGAAGUAAUUAACAAGCCUUUAAUACAAACUGCGGACUUGCCAAUUUCAACUGGAGAAACACAAGCGGACAAGGACCUGUGCAGCGGGAAGCCGGCGGACGGCAUGGUGGCCCUGCAGAAUGGCACCCUGGCUGUCUUCCGAGGCCAUUACUACUGGCUGCUGAACGGCAGGAGCCCGCCGACCACCAACCCUCGCCGGAUCACCGACGGCUGGGGCAUCCCGUCCCCCAUCGACUCCGUCUUCUCCAGGUGCAACUGCGACGGCAAGACCUUCUUCAUCAAGGGCCCCCUAUAUUGGCGUUUCACAAAUGGUGUUAUGGAUCCAGGCUACCCCAAACCUCUUGCAAAUGGAUUUGCAGGGCUUAGUGGGAAAAUAGUAGCAACGCUUCCUGUGGCAAGAUACAACAACCGACCAGAAUCUGUUUAUUUUAUCAAAAAAGAUGGCAACAUGCAACAGUAUGUGUACAGACAAGAACCAGCUAAGAAGUGUCAAAGAAGAAGAACCCAGGUUACCGUAAGAUACCCAGCUUUUGUCCCAAGACUUGUAAUAAGGAGACGCUUCCAACGUGCAGCAGGAAUGCCAAGUGUUAUUCAGAGUGUCAGAAUCAACCCAUAUCCAUCUGGAGUUUUGCGUAAGGAAAUCAAAAUGACUACCUACUGGAGAGGGCUCCCGAAAGUAAUUCAUUCAACUGUAUCACUACCCAACCACAAUAAGCCAGACGGCUACGAUUAUUACGCCUUCUCUUACAACCGGUACUACAGUUUGGAUGUUGGCAAAAGAAUAGCAAGACCUGUUACUGCACUCACAGGAAAGACUGUAUCCAAAGACUGGUACAACUGUCCUACCAAGUGAUGCACAGCAGAGGAUUUUAAAAAAAAGAUGCCAU